AUGGGGGUAAAUUCCAGGAAGCCAAAAGUAGCAUUAUGUAUGUUGGAGGUUUGGGUAAAAUGUUUCCAUAAUUGUUUGUCCAUAGAACACUUGAUGAACUUAGCUGUUAAAAGCAAUGGGGAUAGAGGGGUAGAUGGAUGGGGAAGACCAAGAAAGGAUAGGGCAAACUCAUCAAUAGUCCAUGAGAAUGUUGCAGAAAGUGCAGCUCAGCCAACAAGAACAGGGAGAAAUGAAAGGUCAAUUCAUAGCAGUAUUGGGUCCAUAGGGGGAAGAUCCGGAACUGUAAGGUCUAGAGGUGGAAAAGGAGAAAUCGAAAGUCUCAAACUCAUUUGCUCGAGCAAGUUGGAGGAGCAAGUUCAAGCACUCAGACUUAUUCAUAAACUAUAUCUCAACCAACUUAAGCAUCAACCGCAAAUAAUGUUAUUACCUAGCAUAUCAGCUAAUUUAUGUAUUGUUGAACCAAUGAUUAAUUAUGUAAUGUUUAUGUAUUGUUGA